GGCUGAGCGGCAGCGGCGCUCCCUGGCAGCGCGCAGCGGCCCCGCUCGCCGGCAGCAUGGGCGGCUCUUCCUCCAGCCUGCUGGACGAGAGCAAGUGCACCUACAUCCGAGGAAAGACAGAGGCUGUCAUCAAAAACUUUGGCCCGCACUACAGGCGCCAGUACGCAGUGGCUUUCUGCAAGCACAUACAGGAUCAGCUGGAGCAGCACCAAGAUUCCCAGUCCACAUUCCUCAAAAGCAAGCCCCCACUGGAAGCUGGCACAGUCUUAUAUGAAGCAGACCUGCUGCAUUUUGUUGAGGACCUGAAGAAGUGGAAGGACAGAUAUGUUGUUAUCAAAAAUGAUUACACUGUGGAUUGCUUUGAGACUAAAGAGGCCUACCAGAAAGGAGCCAGCCCUAAAUAUCAUGUUUUUCCUGCAGGAGGCAAAGUGCUGACUUCAGAAGAAGAUUACAAUUUGCUGUCUGAUAAACAUUUUCCAGAUCCUGUAGGGUCGAGUGAGAAGGAGAUGUCUCAAGGCUUUGUUCAGCUGCCCAAGGAGUUCCCUGUGUACCUGUGGCAGCCCUUUGCCCGACACAGCUACUAUUGCUUCCCAGAGGCAGAAGCUCAGAGGCAGUUCAGUGCCGUGCUGGGGGACUGCGUGAGACAUGCAAACCACGAUUUUCUCAAGCAGACCACCUAUGAAGUUGAGGCAUUCCUAGAAGCCAUUCAGUUCUUCCGGCAGGAGAAAGGCCACUAUGGGACAUGGGAAAUGAUAACAGGCAAUGAAAAAGAGAUCCUGAGCAACCUUGUGAUGGAAGAACUCCUGCCUAACCUUCAGACGAUGAUCCUGCCUAAAAUGAAAGGCAAGAGGAACGACAGGAAGCGUGCCUGGUUUGGGAUUGUAGAAGAAACUUAUGGCCUAGUCCAGCAGCAGGUGUCAGAAGGAUUAAGUACCUUGAAAGAAGAAUGCAGAGAGUCUGCAAAGACUCUUGAAGGAACCAUUCGUUCAGACAUGGAUCAGAUUCUGAACUCCAAGAACUUCUUAGCUGGGAAAAUCAAAGCCACCGUUUCUGAGCCUGCCCAGAAGUGCUGCACAGAAAACAUCCAGCCCUUUCUCACGUCCGUUUUAGAGGAGCUCAUGGGUCCAGUGAGUUCUGGAUUUGCUGAAGUCCGCUCCCUUUUUGAUAAAGAGGUCAAUGAAAUCAUCCAGGACUUCCAGAAGACAAACGAUAUGACCAAGCUAAAGGAGAAUGUGGAUCAGCUGAUGAAUCUACCAUUCAGCUCUGUGAAAAUGGAGCUCUGCUAUCUGAAAGUGAACCUCCUCCAGGAGCUCCUUCAAGACCUCAAGAGUCGCUUCAAGGUGUAUCACAUUGAUUUUGUGAUUCAGAGGACACAGAACUUCAUGCAAGAGCUGAUGGAAAAUGCAGUCUAUACUUUCGAGCAGCUGUUCUCCCCAAGUCGCCAGGCAGACUCAGCCAAAGCUGCAACAACCAUUGAAAAAGUCAAGCUGAGAGUACUGAAGCAAUACGAUUAUGACAGCAGCACUGUCCGGAAGAAGAUCUUUCAAGAGGCACUGGUACAGAUUACUUUGCCCACCAUGCAGAAGACACUGGCUUCAACAUGCAAACCAGAGCUGCAGAAAUAUGAGCAGUUCAUUUUUGCUGAUUACACUAAUGUGAUCCAAGUGGAGAAUGUGUAUGAAGAGAUUUUGUAUCAAACACUGCUUGAGGAAGCCCUGAAAGUGAUAAAAGAAGCUGCCAUUCUGAAGAAGCACAACCUCUUUGAAGAUAACUUGAAUUUGCCCUGUGAAAGUGUGUCCAGCUUAACAGACCUGAAGACUCCUUCAGGAUCGGCCCAGACCACUCCUGCAAAGAAGCCUUCCACUGCUCGGGCCGAGGUGUCAGACACUGAGACACAAAGUGAUGAAACACUCAUUGUGACGGAAAAGAUUUCCUGGGAGAAGGAUGCCAGUGAUAGGAAGUCACCAGGCAAAGAGGCAGUCCAUUCUGUUCAAGCAGCAAGCAAGAGGGAAGAAGUGCUGGUUACAGACGUGGCUCAAAACCAGUCCCUUUCAUCUAGCCUCAUGAAAGGAGAAGCUGCAGAGGAAAGAACUGCUGCGGAGAAUGAAGAUGUGGGGAAAGCAAAGUGUGUAGGCAACACUGAGAAAGAGCUUAAGACACAACAAGAAGCUGGGGAGGUAAAAAUUGCUCCUGAGACUGAAACAGCAGUGAAAGAUUUUGGAGCCAGACCUGAAAAAGAACUUGAGGUACAUGAAGGACCAGUGGAAGAAAAGGUAACUUCUGAGAGUCAAGCGGCAGUGGAUGCUGCAUUUUGUGGUGGCACUGAAAAAGACAGCAAAGCACAGGAAGAAGGUGCUGAAAUAAAGCUAUUUUUGCCAUGUGAUAAUGCAGCAGAAGCAGAGAUUUUAGGGAAUGCUGAAAAGAAAAUCAAGGAAGAAAAACACAUAAUGGAAGACUCACAUCCAAGUGAAAAUGCGGCAGGAAGGUUUGAAGAGCAUAGUAAACAGGCAAGCAACGACCAAGGAGCCAGUACUGAGACAAGGGUUACUUCCUGGGAUGAAAAGACUGAGAAAGGAGAGUUUGGUGAUAAUCCUGCAAAAGAAAGCAAGCCAGAAGAGAAGAGCUGUAAACCCCUUGAUGAUGUGAAUGAGAUCAGGAGUUUGCUGAUGCUAGCAGUUGAGAUACCAGCAGAUACUCCAGCUGAGAACAUAAAGGAGGUUUGUGAAGGUGAGAUAUUAAAGUUGCAGGAGCACAGUAAAGGGAAUGAAGAGAUUAACAAAAUGGCUGUGGCAGAAAUUCAGGUGAGCCAGAUGAUGGUGAAUAAAGAUGCAGCAGAAUGUGUCAAGCUCAAGGAGGACCAAUCAUCCUCAUUUUCUUUAGGGACAGAUGGCAUGAACAUAGUGAAUGUGUCCAAGGGGCCCUGCAACACUGCCCAAGCAGAAUGGCUGGUGGAAAGUUCAGCUAUGCCUCAGGGGGCACAGGUAGAAGGGGAGAUGAAGCAAAGCAUCUGGUACCCGGGUGUGGGAAGCUGUGAAAAGGACCAACUGCAGCCAGAGGAAUGCACUGAACAUGUGUCCGAAGGCAAGAGAUUAGAGGCAGAGGAAGCAGGAGCAGGGAACAGGCAGGCUGUCCUGGUAGAGGUAGGGACUGAGAGCUUGCUUCAUAACCCUGCUGACAGUGCAAGCACAGCACAAGUGCCCAUUCUGGAUAUAGAAAACCCAAGCACAGGACUGUUGGAUGUGCCAGGUUCUGUGGUGCCAGGUUCUUUGGUGCCAGAGCAGGGCGAGGUUAGCACCAUAGAUAUCACAGGAGAUACAGAGGCUGGCGAGGGUGAUGGGAAGCCAGGUGAUGACUCCUCCUCACUCACAGAAACAACAAGUACAGAAGUAAAAGAUGUCUUCACAGAAGAGAACAGAGAAGAUAGUUAUGCACACCAAAACUCUGAAGAGUAAGAAGCAUUCAUCAGCCCAGCCCUGCCUGCAGUGUUUCUUUAUCCCAGUAAUCCCUGUUUAAUUGAGACUACUUAAUUGGGUUGGGGGUAGAGGAAAUGGGCUUUGUUGUGGUGUUACCAGCUCUUGCAGUUUCAGCACAGAUCCCUUCCUGAGUCAGAGGUGAAAGGUUUCUCCUUAGUUAAAGCCCUCACUGUUCAAAAGCAGUUUCCUGUUGGGGUAUCUCUAAAUUCACCUAAAAUUUGCCACCUUUUAUGUUUCUACAAAAUGCCUGGGAGUGUGACCACUGAGUGCUUCAAAAGCAGCUCACUCUCAGCUAGAGAGUGCCUGUUCUUAGAUACUGGAGCAGGGGAAUGGCUUCUGGGUUUUAAAUGUGUGGAUUUGACAAGCACUGCCAUGAUUCUCAGGUGGCUGUUACACAGGUUGUUAUCCCAAGGUGCUUUCAGUAUUUGCAUGCAGUAUACAGGAAUCAGUACAACUUCCAGUAGUUAAACAGACCCAAGCAGUUAAAUUAGUAGGCUGCCCAUAAGCCACACUUUAUCCAAAGUCUACAAACCAAUUACUUAAUUAUUUUAAUGUUUCAAUGGCCAUUAAAGUCAAGCAAGUAUCCUGCUUGUUAGGUUGUUUCUCUUAUUGCUAUGUUUAAAAUGGGGGGAAAAUAAGGGAGCAGGUUUCUCAGUCCCACUGUGCACUUCUGGGUGAUUUAACCUUCCAGUGAACUUCAUGGCUCUUUUGUUUUGCUUUAUGUUAGGGAAGGGAAAGAUGAGAAUGUUUGCAGUGACUAUGACCCAUUAGGCAGCAUCUUUCUGUUUUCCUUCCCACCAUCAAAUGGAUUCAUUAGGGCCAUCUAAUACAGAACACUGAGAGCCUUGCCAUUCCCAUUCUGACCCAGCUCCAGAGGCCUUUUUCAGUGUGGAAAUUACUUAAUAGAUUGCAAUGAUUGUGAAAUACCCUCAUGAUUGCAUCUAAUUCCUAAUACAGAUGUUAACAAGCACAGAGCAGCCCAAGGUUACUCACAGGUGCUUAGACUUUGAGGGCAGGAUCACAUUGCAAAAGCAGUUAUUAAAACGAGAGCUACUGCUUUCAGAGCUGGUAAAUUAUCACCCAUAUCAAGCCACAAUCUAUGCCCAAGGUUGCUUAGAUGCAUUAUAUGUGUGCACAAUUUACAGACCAUGCCCAGAAAAACUUGGAAAUGAAACCAAGUAUUGGAAUAAAUUGGGCUUUAGAGCUCAAGACCUCACUUUAAAUGUUGGUUUAAGGCACCUUAAAAAUUUGACCUGGUGUUUCAGGCUGCUUCUGAAUAAAUAUAACACAGGGCAGCAAAGAUUAAUGAUAAAUACAGUAAAGACUGCCAAGGUUUACACUCAAAAAGACAUGGGAAGAAGGAACAAAGUCCUGAGAGCAUAAUACUUGUUGGCAUUUAACUUCAGCAAACUGUUCAAAGCCUAUUAAUGCUAUCACAACAUGCUACAUAUAAUACUAACAGAGAACUGACACUAGUGGAACAGGCAAAUAUUACUGCACGAGUAAGGAACGUUGUUGGGUAAUUAGCCCGAGUGCAACGUCACAAUUGAACAAGAAAUGCAACUCCUAUUUAUUCCAGAAGCUCUUUUGUGGUACAGAAACAUUAAGGUCACAGAUGUUUUGCUUGCAAAAGUGCUUCUGAAUCCUUUCCUCCUAAUAUUUCGUGCAACACCAGCAAUCUGUCAACACACAGAGCGCUGCCAGCCAGGUUCUUGUACAAACCAUUAGUGAUUUCACUGUAAGCUCCUUUGUUUUUACACAUCAUUAGCUAUUUCUAAUUGGUACUGAGUGUUAAGGGACUUCAAACUCAUAACAUGUGCUUUACAGCUAAGCAGCCACAGUCUGUUUCAGCCAUGCUUAAAUUAGGGGAUGUGACAGUUCUUUAACAGAGUACUUUGUACAAAAGAGGACCAGCAAGAGAGUGACUCCCUGGAAAAGGCUGUCAUCCCCUACAAAGGCUCUUAGUGUCAUAGAAUCAGUCAGGGUUGGAAAGGACCAUAAGGAUCAUCUAGUCCCAACCCCCCUGCCAUGCCCAGGGACACCCUACCCUAGAGCAGGCUGCCCACAGCCUCAGCCAGCCUGGCCUUAAACACCUCCAGCCAUGGGGCCUCAAACACCUCCCUGGGCAACCCAUUCCAGCCUCUCACCACUCUCAUGCUCAACAACUUCCUCCUCACAUCCAGUCUGAUCCUACCCACCUCCAGCUUUGCUCCAUUCCCCCCAGUCCUGUCACUCCCUCACAUCCUGAGAAGUCCCUGCCCAGCUUUUUUGCACACUCCCUUCAGAUCCUAGAAGGCCACAAGAAGGUCACCUGGAGCCUCCUCUUCUCCACACUGCACAGCCCCAACUCUUUCAGUCUGUGCUCACAGCAGAGCUGCUGCAGCCCUCUGAGCAUCC